AUGUGGUACGAAAUAUUACCCAGUUUUUUUAUCAUAACAGCGGCUUUAGGUUUGCCUGGAUGGGGUCUAUAUCAUAUUCAUAAUUUGACUUUAGGAAAUCACUUCAGGCGUACAAUGGACGACAGAUGGGAUCGCAUAAUGUACCAACGGGAUGUUAGGCUCACUGGUGAUCCAUACAAUGUUAAUGGUCUUGAAACAAUUCCAGACAAAUGA